AAAUUGUGAACCCAAGUAAUAAUUUAAGAAAAUAAAAUAUAGGCGUAGUAGAGGUUUAUAAAAAUAAAAGGCAGGAAGGCAAUGAGGGAUGGCCUUGGCCAGCUGCCACACACAUCAAGCACCCCAAACAGGAGUCUAGUCAGGACUGAAGAGGAGAUCGCAGAGGCUUUUGAUAGGGGCAUGUGACUUCUCCACACUCCAUCCAUCCAGUAGUACAAGCAGCAAUGUCUCGCCCACCUGCUGCUCGCCUCUUGCUCUUCAUCUUUUCCUUUUGGUUUGGUGCUUCUUUCAUUCAGAUCUGUUGUGCACAAAGCGUGGUGGUUGAUCCAAAGUUGAAGUUUGAGAAUCCAAGACUUCGGCAAGCCUACAUUGCCCUCCAAGCAUGGAAGACGGCCAUUUUCUCAGACCCCUUCAACUUCACCUCCAACUGGGUUGGUCCUCAAGUCUGCUCCUACAUGGGUGUGUAUUGUGCCCCUUCUCUCUCCAAUCCCUCCCUCAAAGUGGUUGCUGGCAUCGACCUCAACCAUGCCGAUAUCGCCGGUUAUCUGCCCUCUGAGCUGGGCCUCCUCUCCGACUUGGCUCUCUUCCAUCUCAACUCCAACCGCUUCUGCGGCAUUGUUCCCAGCUCUUUGAAGCGCAUGAAGCUCCUCUACGAGCUGGACAUCAGUAACAACCGCUUCGUGGGGAGCUUCCCCAAUGUGGUGUUGUCCAUGCCCUCCCUCAAGUUCCUGGAUCUCCGAUUCAAUGAGUUCGAGGGUCCAGUUCCAUCCCAGCUCUUCAAUAAGGAUCUGGAUGCAGUUUUCCUCAAUGACAACAGAUUCCAAUUCGGCAUCCCUCAGAAUCUGGGCAAUUCACCCGUCUCUGUUCUGGUCUUGGCCAACAACAAUCUUGGGGGUUGCAUUCCAGGCAGCAUUGGUAAGAUGGGAAAAACCCUAAAUGAGAUCAUCCUCAUGAACGACAAUCUCACUUCAUGCUUACCUCCUCAAAUCGGCCUUCUCAAAGAGGUUACCGUGUUUGAUGUGAGCUUCAAUCAUCUCCAAGGCUCACUGCCACCCGCCAUUGGCAAGAUGAAGAGCUUGGAGCAGCUGGAUGUUGCCCACAACAGUUUCACCGGUGCGAUUCCGCCCAGCAUCUGUCAGCUGCCCAGAUUGGAAAACUUCACCUAUUCUUUCAACUAUUUCACCGGAGAGGCUCCUGUUUGUGCUGCCAUUACUGGUGAUGGUCGCCAGAAUUGUAUCCCAGGAAAGACGGACCAGCGGUCCUCUAGUAUGUGUUCCUCUCAAGCUGCACGUCCUGUGGAUUGCAGCAAGUCCAAAUGCGGCGGCGGCAGCACCAACGCUGGUGGUUCCCCUGGAGGGUCACCUCCCAAGAAAACCCCUCCUGUGCCCAGCCCAACAACGCCAGUUGGUCCUUCCCCGCCACCACCACCUUCUUCAAAGUCUUCGCCUUCCACCAGAUCACACCCACCACCACCCCAAUCACAACACUCGUCCGUGCCUCCUCCCGCCAAAUCAUAUCAUUCCCCACCUCCUCCAAAGCAGUCCCCCAUGACAUCCCCGCCACCGCCCCCACCUACUGAAAAGGUAUCACCAAGGACGCAUCUUCCGCCACCGCCGCCUCCACCACCACCAGCUUACAACUGGUCCCCAAAGCCUGAGCAACCGCACCCACCACGAACCCCCACCUAUCAGCAUAUGUCACCACCACCACCACCACCACCACCACCACCUCCAUCAUCAAACCAGUAUCGUUAUUCGCCACCACCCCCACCCCCACCCCCACCAUCCUCAUCAGAACAUUACAGUUCACCACCUCCAUCAUCGAAUCAUUACCAUUAUUCAUCACCACCACCGCCACCAUCCACAACAGGACAUUACAGUUCGCCACCUCCGUCAUCAAACCACUAUCAUUAUUCACCACCACCACCACCACCACAAUCAUCGAGCCAUUAUACUUCCCCACCUCCCCCACCCACCGAAAAAGGAUCACCAAAUGCCCAUUUUGUACCACCACCGCCACCACCUGUCUAUCCACAUAUGACACCGCCAUCCCCACCCCCGCCCUCACCUUCAUCACCAAAUCCGCCCCCAGAGUCUGAGAUGCCUCCGUCACAUCAACAACAGCCUCCAUCACCUGGGCCUUUGCAUCCUCUUCCUCCUUCACCACCAUCUGGAUGUGGCACUCCUGGAUCCCUACUCCCACCACCACCACCGCCACAUUCUCUACCAGUACCAUUGGCACCAGCACCCAGCCAUCACCACUCACAAUCAUACCCACCUCCCUCACAACAUUGGCAUCAUCCACCACCGUUACACCAUCAAAAUUCUCCACCACCCACCAAAAACCCAUAUUCACCCCCUCCACCGCCUCCGGAUAACGUGCCAUUGCCACCAGUUAUCGGGGUAUCGUAUGCAUCUCCUCCUCCCCCAGGAAUCCCCUACUACUGAUCUAUUUGAUAUCCAAUUUUAAAUCUCUUCCAUUCAAUCAUAUCUUUCCUUUGUAUUUGUCUAAAGGACAAAGACACCGAAGCGAGAAUUCUAUGCUGCAACAAAGAGCAAUGAACGAAGGAUCGCAGCAAGGAAGAGUUCCAUCUCGUGUGUUUUUUAUUGUAAUGCUGCUUUGUGUCUUUUUUGAGGGUUGCUUUCCUAGCAAUAAUCUAGCUUCACCUUUCUGCUUCUUGUUAUUUAUGUAUUCUUAUUAAUUUAUAUGAUGAAGAAAAUGAUACAGACAUGGGUUUUGGAA